AUGAUCAAAAGAAAAGUUCCAAAUGUGAAACUUGAUGCUGCCAAAUUGAGCCCAGAGGAUUUUGGUAAAUUAUUAAGUGAUGUCAAAGUUUGGAAGACAAAACAGAAUCACAUUAAUCUUAAAUUGGAAACCAUGAAAAGACAAAAUGAUGCCCUUUGGAGAGAAGUGGCUUCACUACGUCAGAAACACAAACAGCAACAGCAGAUUGUCAAUAAGUUGAUUCAACUGCUGAUAACAUUUGUCCAACAUAAUCGAAGUUUGACGAAUAUGAAAAGACAGCUUCCUCGAAUGAUUGAAGAAGCACCAGAGACGCAGGAAGCUGCUGUGGUGCCUUCAAAGCGAAGCCGUUUUAGCAAACAACUCUCUAUUGAAGAAAACAGUGAGCCAAAUUCACAACAGCUUGUUCUCCAAGGAGAUAUACUUGGUGAGACAACAGAAAGCCUGCCAUCUACUGCCGUGUCCACAGCCACUUACCCUCCAGUUAUCCAAGAUAUCCAGGAUGUAAUGCUUAACAAGACGAAUGCUACUCAUUAUCCUACAAUUGUGGAAAUCUCCGAUGAUGAUACAACUGAACAUCAGGCAAAAAUAGAUAACUUUCAGCUGGAUGAUGUUGAUACAUCUCGAUUAUUAAAUGAAGACGUUGUCCUUUCCAGCAGUACUGGCACAAAUGACGACUCCCCUACAACCACAGAACAUAUCGGUCAAGACUUGAUUCUUGCAAGUCCAGAGGCUGAACGUGAGGCUUUGGCUGAACAGUUGGAUUCAAUCCAAGUUGAUCUGGAUGAUUUGCAAGGCAUGCUGUCAGAUAGCAGUGGCAGUUAUAACCUAGAUACCAACACACUCCUUUCUGUAAAAACAAUACUUAAUUUCUUUUCUUCCUUUUUCUCUCUCUCUCUCUCUCCUUCCUUUCUCUCUCUCUCUCCUUCCUUUCUCUCUCUCUCUUUCUCUCUCUCUCUUUCUCUCUCUCUCUCUCCUUCCUUUCUCUCUCUCUCUCUCUCCUACCUUUCUCUCUCUCUCUCUCUCCUACCUUUCUCUCUCUCUCUCUCUCCUCUCUCUUUUUCUCUCUCUCUCUCUCCUUUCUCUCUCUCCUUUCUCUCUCUCUCUCUCCUCUUCUCUCUUUUCUCUCUCUCUCUCCUUUUCUCUCUCUCUCUCUCUCUUUCUCUCUCUCUCUCUCCUCUCUCUCUCCUUUUCUCUCUCUCUCUCUCCUCUUCCUCUUCUCUCUCUCUCUCUCUACCUUUCUCUCUCUCUCUCUCUCUCUCUCUCUCUCUCUACCUUUCUCUCUCUCUCUCUCUCCUUUCUCUCUCUCUCUCUCUCAUACCUUUCUCUCUCUCUCUCUCUCUACCUUUCUCUCUCUCUCUCUCUCCCUCUCUCUCUCUCUCCUACCUUUCUCUCUCUCUCUCUCCUUCUCUCUCUCUCUCUCUCUCUCUCUCUCUCUCUCUCUCUCUCUCUCUCUCUCCUUCCUCUCUCUCUCUCUCUCCUUCCUCUCUCCUCUCUCUCUCCUUUCUCUCUCCCUACCUUUCUCUCUCUCUCCUCUCUCUCUCUCCUACCUUUCUCUCUCUCCUCCUUUCUCUCUCUCUACCUUUCUCUCUCUCCUACCUUUCUCUCUCUCCUUCCUUCCUUUCUCUCUCUCUCCUUCCUCUCUCUCUCUCCUUCCUUUCUCUCUCUCUCUCUUCCUUUCUCUCUCUCUCUUCCUUUCCUCUCUCUCUCUCCUUCCUUUCUCUCUCUCUCCUUUCUCUCUCUCUUUUCUCUCUCUCUCCUUCCUUUCUCUCUCUCUUCCUUUCUCUCUCUCUCUCUCCUCUCCUCUCUCUCCUUUUCCUCUCUCUCUCCCUUUCUCUCUCUCUCUCUCCUUUCUCUCUCUCUCUCUCUCUCUCUCUCUCUCCUCUCCCUCCUCUCUCUCUCUCUCCCCUCUCUCUCUCCUCUCUCCUCUCUCUCUCUCUUUCUCUCUCUCCCUUUCUCUCUCUCCUUUCCCCUCUCCUCCUCUCUCCCUCUCUCUCUCCCUUUCUCUCCUCUCUCUCCUUUCUCUCUCUCUCUCUCUCUCUCCCCUCUCUCUCUCUCUCUCUCUCCUUUCUCUCUCUCUCUCUCUCUCUCCCUCUCUCUCUCUCUCUCCCUUUCUCUCUCCCCUCUCUCCCUUUCUCUCCUUCCCUCUCUUUCCUCUCUCUCUCUCUCUCCUUUCUCUCUCUCUCUCCUUUCUCUCUCUCUCUCCUUCCUCACUCACUCACACACACACACACACACACACACACACAGUUUUUAAUCUUUUACUCAUUUAAUGAAUUUUUUUUUGGACAAGAUACAACACCAAGCAUUCCAAGUGGUGGCUGGCAAGAUACACUUCUCAAUGGAUUGGAAGAGGAACAACAGGCAAAAUCAUCAAAUGUUACAGGUUGCGAAUUGAUCCAGUAUACGCCUGCUGACUUGUCGUGUUGGAUGGAUGAUCCAACCAAUGUAGAAAGUGAUGAAGAUGAUAUCUUGAAUACACAACUGAACACACCAGAGGCUCUUGAUAAAGAAGUGGAAUUGCCGUCAUCUACAGGCAAGCGAAAAAAGAUUCCUAAAGAUUAG